GUGUGCCCUGUUGAGGCGAGCAGAGUCCAAGCUUGCGAGUGCCUUGGCCACCACGCACGCGAGCGCCGACUUAGCGCUCCUUGCCCGUGAGAUGAUCGAUGCAGUGCUCAUCUUCAACCAGACAGGCAAGCCCCGGCUGACAAAGUACUACACCCCCGCACCGUCCCAUGCCCGCAUUGCCGUCGUCAACAGAGUCUACGAGCUCAUCACGGCUCGCUCGGAGUCUGCUUGCAACUUCAUCGAUAUACCCGAAGGCCUCGACGGGCUCGGUCUGCGAGGAGGUGACGCUCCACCCGCUGUGAGGCAGGACAUCGUCCCUCGAGCCAACAAGGUCAUCUUCAGACACUAUGCCACGCUCUAUUUUGCAGUCGUCGUCGACGAGGCAGAGAGCGAGCUAGGCAUACUCGAUCUCAUCCAAGUCUUCGUCGAGGCCCUCGACAGAUGUUUCGAGAACGUCUGCGAGCUCGACCUCAUCUUCCACUUUGAUGAGGUGCACGCAUUGCUAGACUGCAUGGUCGUCGGCGGUCUCGUGCUCGACACGUCCAUCGACAGCAUCUCCACCAAUUUCAGGGCGCAGGCCAAAGCUAGAAAGGCAGCUUCCGGCGCGUCUGCCAUGUCGGACCUUACCCUGCCUUCGCUCGGCUCAUCGCUCACCGGUGGAUGGGGCAAUCGUGAAGGAGGCUUCCGACCCGUUUUGCAGGAAUGGCGGGCACACAGUGCAAUGCUAUACAACGCCUCGAGCCAGCCAGCCGGAUCUCGAGCUUACACGACUCCCUUCUGA